UCCAAGCAGAUAAAAGAGGAGGCUCCCAAGCUCUCCCAUCACAGGGGUUUCUGUCUCCAUCGCCCUCUGCUCUCUUCCUGCUGCGCAGCUUUUAUUUCCCAGCCCUUUUUUUUCCUCCUUCUCCUCUUCUUUGCAUUUCCAAUCGAACAAGACACCAUGAGUCGGAUCUCUUUCAGAUCAUCUACUGGAGGGGGCAUGAGGGGCUUUAGCUCAGGCUCUGCUAUCGUAGGAGGUGGCAGUGGUACCAGAAGCAGUUUUAGCUCCGUCUCUGUCUCCAGAGUUGGAGGAGGAAGAGCCGGAGGUGGAGGAGGCUUCGGAGCUGGUGGUGGCUUCGGCAGCAGAAGUCUCUAUAACCUAGGUGGAAGCAAGAGAAUUUCCUACAGCUCAGUCGGAGGUCUACGGAGUGGAGCCAGUGGUGGAUACUGCUUUGGUGGAGGAUCUGGCUUUGGUCUUGGCUAUGGUGGUGGAGCAGGAGCUGGUUUUGGCUUAGGAGGUGGUGGAGGCUAUGGGCUGGGCAGUGGAUUUGGGAUGGGAGGUCCCGGAUUUGGUGGUCGAGGUGGCCCCGGGUUCCCUGUUUGCCCACCUGGUGGCAUCCAUGAAGUGACUGUCAACCAGAGCCUCCUCGCACCCCUCAAGCUGGAUAUUGACCCAGAAAUCCAGAAGGUGCGAACGCAGGAGCGGGAGCAGAUCAAGACCCUCAACAACAAAUUUGCCUCCUUCAUCGACAAGGUGCGCUUCUUGGAGCAGCAGAACAAAGUGCUGGAGACCAAGUGGAGCCUGCUCCAAGAGCAAGGUCACACAGUCACCAGGAAGUCCCUCGAUCCCCUUUUUGAAGCCUACAUCAACAACCUCAGACGGCAGCUGGACAGUCUUAUGGGAGAGAGGGGACGGUUGGACACUGAACUGAGGAACAUGCAGGACAUGGUGGAAGACUUCAAGAACAAAUAUGAAGACGAGAUCAACCGACGCACGGGCGCAGAGAACGAGUUCGUCGUCCUCAAGAAGGAUGUGGAUGGUGCUUAUAUGAACAAGGUCGAGCUGCAGGCCAAAGCAGAUCAGCUGGCAGAUGAAAUCAACUUCCUGAGAGCUCUCUACGAAGCGGAAUUGUCCCAGAUGCAGCAGCAAGUGUCUGACACCUCCGUGGUCCUGUCCAUGGACAACAACCGUAACUUGGACCUCAACAGCAUCAUCGCAGAGGUCAAAGCGCAGUAUGAGGACAUCGCCAACCGGAGCCGGGCAGAGGCUGAGGCUUGGUACCAAAACAAGUACGAGGAGCUCCAGGUCUCCGCUGGGCGACACGGCGACGACCUGCGCAACACCAAGAUGGAAAUCUCAGAGAUCAACCGAGUGGUCCAGAGGCUGCGGAAUGAGAUCGAGAGCGUGAAGAAGCAGUGUGCCACCCUCCAAGCAGCCAUUGCUGAGGCAGAGGAGCGCGGGGAGAUGGCCCUCAAGGAUGCUAAGGCCAAACUGUCUGAGCUGGAAGAUGCUCUGCAGAAGGCCAAGGCAGACCUGGCCCGGCAGCUCCGUGAGUAUCAGGAGCUCAUGAACGUCAAACUGGCCCUGGACAUCGAGAUCGCGACCUACAGGAAGCUGCUGGAGGGAGAGGAGAGCAGGCUUGCCGGAGAGGGCGUCGGAGCCGUGAGUGUCUCCGUGGUCAGCAGCUCCAGCGGGAUGGGCUACGGUGGCGGCAGCUGCCUGGGCAUGGGAGGAGGUCUCGGUAUGGGAGGCGGCGGUGGAGGCUACAGCAUGAGCAGCGGCUUCGGAGGGAGCGGAGGCUUCGGUGGGGGGCUCAGCUAUGGUGGGGGAAGCACCUUCAGCUCCGGGAGCAGCCGAGGCGUCAGCUCCAGCACGGGAGGCAGCGUGAGGAUCGUUUCCAAGACCACCACUAGCAAAAAGACCAUCAGAUAAGGAUGCUGAGCACAGGAACCCCCUCCGCGGACAACGACAACAUGUUUCCUGCCUUCAGAAAGCAAGUGCUGCCCUAUGGAUCGAUGGUGUAAAUAGCUACGCUAGACCCUCUCCUUCCUCCGUCCUCAUCCCUCCACCUUCAGGGCAGUGGGGGGGAGACUAGAAUCCCAACCACGAGAAUCUGGAGCAUCUUUGGCUAAGGCAUAGGUUGUAACUGGUCACCGACAGGGCUUUGGGGAGCCAUGGUGGCCCUCUUUCAGCACAGUCCUUGUUCUUCCCCUGUUCUCCCUCUGGAGUCACAUUUAAAGCAAAGUGGAAGCACUCUGCUGAAUGGGGACAACCGUAUUUGGCUACGCAACUUCUUUUCACUCAUCCUAAAACAAGAGCGACAGCCUCGUGAAUCCUCAGUCCUGGGUCCCCAGCAAUGCAAACAGCUCUCAGAUGCUCUGAAAGCCUCUGUCCACAACCCACGUUACAACCUCCAAAUGUUUUGUCUGCAACUAAAGGUAUUUUUUCCAGCCCCUUCUGUUUUCUCAGGCACCUGUGGGAAAGGUUAUUGCUUUCUGUGUGUAUGAAUGAUUCCUGACACUGAUUCCUAAUCCCUUGUCCUCAUGGCUACCGCCUCUUCACUUCCACGCCUACCAUACUGUAUGGUCCAAUAAAGAGCAUUUGUCAUUUUUAAAA